GCCAGGGCAUAUGGAUCCGCGGGAGGCAUCAGGUGGCGGCUUCAAUCCCUCCAAACUAGGCUGGGAUCCCAAGGGCCCCAUGAGCAAAGAGUUUCGCCGCUGCAUGAACCAACAGAACGCCGUGCCGCGGCAGCGACAUCUGUUUCCAGAAACCUGUCAGCAAGAGAUCGGCUGGAUCCAGGGGACCGGUGGCGGCGUGCUGGCGAAUCGCAGCGAGCCGGCCGGAAGCAAGCUGGGGAGCCUAUGA